AUGAAGGCGUGUCCUCCGACGCAAGCACCCACGUACCGUGAAGGUCCACACACACACCAGACUGUCACACAUAAAGCGAUCCGCUUCCACCAUCAGACAGAACAAGCAUCCUCGACGUUUCAGGGGGGGUUUUAACUUCGCUUCGCUUCUUUCUGACACAGCUAGAUAAAGCCAUGACAGGAACGUUUCUCCAGCUCAACCGCAGCCUGUGUCGUGCUGCCCCUGUUCUCCGCCGCAGCGUCCACUCCGGUACGCGACCGGCCUCCACCGCUGCUCCCAAACUGAAGACUGAACGUCAGCUCACCUCAGAGGAAAUCUACGCCCGUGAGGACAAGUAUGGAGCGCACAAUUACCAUCCCCUGCCUGUGGCCUUGGAGAAAGGAGAGGGCAUCUAUGUGUGGGAUGUGGAAGGAAAACGGUAUUACGACUUCCUGAGUGCUUACAGUGCUGUGAACCAGGGCCACUGUCACCCAAAGAUCAUAGCUGCCCUCAACGCUCAGGCCUCCAAACUCACCCUGACUUCCAGAGCUUUCUACAACGAUGUGCUGGGAGCCUAUGAGGAGUACAUCACCAACAUGUUUGGCUAUGACAAAGUCUUACCCAUGAAUACAGGUGUUGAAGGUGGUGAGACCGCCUGCAAACUUGCUCGCAAGUGGGCCUACAAUGUGAAGGGGGUCCCCAAAAACAAGGCCAAAAUCAUUUUUGCAAAUGGAAACUUCUGGGGCCGCACCCUGGCAGCCAUCUCCAGCUCCACGGACCCCAGUAGUUAUGAAGGUUUUGGUCCCUACAUGCCAGGCUUUGAGCUUGUCCCAUUCAAUGAUAUUCCUGCACUGGAGAAAGCACUUCAAGACCCAAAUGUUGCUGCCUUCAUGGUGGAGCCCAUCCAAGGGGAAGCUGGGGUGGUGGUGCCUGACCAGGGCUACCUGACCAAAGUCAGAGAACUUUGCACCAAGUACAAUGUGCUGUGGAUUGCUGACGAGGUGCAGACAGGCUUGGCAAGGACCGGCCGGUGUCUGGCUGUGGACCACGAGGAAGUCCGUCCAGAUGUGGUGAUUCUGGGCAAAGCUCUUUCUGGGGGAGUUUACCCUGUAUCUGCAGUGCUGUGUGAUAACGAGAUAAUGCUGACCAUCAAGCCUGGAGAACACGGGUCCACAUAUGGAGGUAACCCCGUGGCCUGUCAGGUUGCCAUAGCAGCACUUGAGGUGCUGAAUGAGGAGAAGCUUGCAGAGAAUGCUCAGAGGAUGGGAGAGCUGCUGCGGGCCGAGCUGAGGAAGCUGCCCAAAGAUAUUGUGACAACAGUCAGAGGGAAAGGCCUCCUUAAUGCAGUCGUUAUCAAAGAGACCAAAGACUACGACGCCUGGAAAGUGUGCUUACGCCUUCGUGACAACGGACUGCUGGCCAAGCCCACCCAUGGUGACAUCAUUCGCUUGGCUCCUCCCCUUGUCAUCAAAGAGGACGAACUACGUGAAUGUGUGGACAUCAUCCAGAGAACCAUCUUGUCCUUCUAAACCACGACCAUUACACUCUUCAACAAUGCACAGACAACCUGCAAACUGAUAAUCCACAUUAGCUGAAGCUCCUGUAUGGCCUGUCACAAAGUUGCUUUUUAACAUCUAUUAGUCGUUUUCAUUUUUAGCUGUUUUUAAAGAUAACAGUUGACUGUUAUGACUGUACAAAUACAGUAUGCAAAUACUGUAUGGACUAUGAAGCUACGCUGAUGUUUUUGUAAGUGCCAGUAAUUUUGAAAAAAAGAAAUUACCGGUUUAUUUUAGAUAAUGAGUGAUCUGGAAAUGGGUGAUCUAAAUAACCAAUGCAGCGUCUCCAAUGAAACCUUUUCUAAUUUUCAAAAAGGGUUCGUGGUUUCACCAAGAAAGCAUGCAGUAUGGCAUUACAGACUUCAUUUCAACAAUUGCAGUUAAUGUUCUUAAUAGACUACCGUAAGUCUACUAAACUUUUGCUGUCCUCAAACACAAACCAUGUGAAGCAAUUCUUGUUAUUAAUUCUUUCUAGUCUGGGAAUUUUUAACAUCACACACAUCAAUAAAAGCCUCGAUCUUCAGAUUCUGGUUGGUGGAUGAUUGGGCUUUAAUUGCGCAAAAACUUUAACACUGUCAUAUGUCUUAUUUUGAUCCACCAUAAAUUGUAAUGUCUUAAAAUAUGUGUUACUGUGGUAGACAUACUUUCUUGGUAUAUUUUAUGUCUACAAGCAAUGUGCUGUGUAAGGAAUAAUGUGAGGACUCAUGCUGCUAGUUGAUGCUGGUUUGGUUUAAAGUAUUUACAGUAUCUGUACGUUGUUUCAUUGAAGUUUCUGAUGAAACUUCCGUUAAAAACAGCAAAAAUAUUGUCUUUUCAAAGACAAUAUAAUGUAAUACCAUUGAGUUAUUGCAUAAUCCACUGUUCUUCAAAUAAAUUAGUGC